AUGCCUUGCUUAAGCUGUCUAAUUCAAGUUCCGUUGGCAAUUCAUGUUGAUGGCCACCGAAGUUCAGAACUCCGCAAAGCCAUCUCAACGCUUGACCUGACGCCACACCGAGACGAGGGUCGUACCCGUCACAAACUUAUCAACUCCUCCCUUCUCCUCAAAGCCUGCAUCAGGUCUGGUAACUUGGACCUCGGCAAACUCCUUCACCACAAGUUGAUUCACUCUGGACUCCCCCUCGACUCUGUACUUCUCAACUCACUCAUUAGCCUCUACUCUAAAUGCGGGGACUGGCAAAACGCGCUUUCAAUAUUCCGUGGCAUGGGCGACAUGAGAGACUUGGUCUCCUGGAGUGCUCUCAUCUCCUGUUUCGCGAAUAACACCAUGGACUCCCAAGCGCUUCUUACCUUUCUACGCAUGCUCCAAUCCGGGAUUUAUCCCAAUGAAUAUUGCUUUACGGCCUCAAUUCGAUCUUCUUCUAAUGCUCAAUAUUUUUCUAUUGGCCGCGUAAUCUUUGGCUUUGUCUUGAAAACCGGAUACUUUGAUUCCCAUGUCUGUGUUGGGUGUGCGUUAAUAGAUAUGUUUGUUAAAGGCAGUGGUGAUAUCCAAUCAGCACGCCUAGUGUUUGACAAAAUGCGGGACAAAAAUCUAGUUACUUGGACUUUGAUGAUUACUAGAUUUGCCCAACUGGGUUUACUGAACCAAGCUGUUGAUUUAUUCUGCAGUAUGUUAGUUAGUGACCAUACACCUGAUAGGUUUACUCUAACUAGUCUCUUAUCGGCCAGCGUGGAGAUAGGAUUCUUCUCACUUGGGAAGCAAUUGCAUUCUUGGGUUAUCAGGUCUGGACUGGCUUCAGACGUCUGCGUGGGUUGUACUCUGGUGGACAUGUAUGCAAAAUGUGCAGCAGAUGAUGGAUCAGUAGAAAAUUCUAGGAAGGUAUUUAAUAGCAUGCCACGCCAUAAUGUUAUGUCUUGGACUGCUCUCAUCUCUGGAUAUGUACACGGCAGACAAGAGCAAGAAGCCAUGAAACUGUUUUGCAACAUGCUUCAUGAUCAUGUUGCACCAAAUUGCUUCACAUUCUCCAGCGUCCUCAAGGCUUGUGCAAAUCUUCCUGAUUUUAGCUUUGGGAAACAACUUCAUGCCCAGACAAUUAAACAAGACCUUUCCGCAAUUAAUUGUGUGGGGAAUUCUCUUAUUAACAUGUAUGCAAGGGCUGGAAAAGCGGAUUGUGCUCGAAAAACUUUCAAUAUCUUAUUUGAGAAGAAUCUGAGUUCGUACAAUGCAGCUAUUGAUGCAAAUGCAAAUUCUGAAGAAUCUUUUAACCAUGACAUUGGGCACACUGGUAUUGGACCUAGUUCUUUUACAUAUGCGUGCCUCUUAAGCGGCGCAGCUUGUAUAGGUACAAUUGCUAAGGGUGAACAAAUUCAUGCCCUCGUAGUGAAGUCAGGGUUCGGAACCGAUUUAUGUAUUAAUAAUGCUUUAAUCUCUAUGUAUUCCAAGUGCGGAAACAAAGAAGCUGCUUUGCAAGUCUUUAAUGACAUGGCUUAUCGCAAUGUCAUAACUUGGACCUCUAUCAUAAGCGCUUUGGCAAAACAUGGAUUUGCUACAAAAGCUUUAGAAUUGUUCUAUGAAAUGCUUGAAAUAGGAGUAAAGCCUAAUGAUGUCACUUAUAUUGCGGUUUUAUCAGCCUGUAGUCACGUUGGUUUGAUUGAUGAGGCAUGGAAACAUUUCAAUUCCAUGCAUUAUAAGUAUGGUAUCUGUCCAAGAAUGGAACAUUAUGCAUGUAUGGUUGAUUUGCUUGGCCGAUCUGGAUUGCUUUUAGAAGCCAUUAAAUUUAUUUACUCAAUGCCUUUUGAUGCUGAUGCAUUGGUAUGGCGUACAUUUCUUGGUUCCUGUCGGGUUCAUCGUAACACCAAGCUUGGGGAACAUGCUGCAAAAUUGAUUCUUGAGCGGGAACCUCAGGAUCCAGCUACCUAUAUAUUAUUGUCAAACUUGUAUGCGUCAGAAGGGAGGUGGGAUGAUGUGGCAGCCAUAAGAAAAAGCAUGAAACAGAAAAAAUUGAUAAAAGAAACAGGUUAUAGCUGGAUUGAAGUCGAUAACCAGGUGCACAAAUUCCAUGUAGGGGAUACUUCACACCCCCAGGCUAAAAAGAUAUAUGAUGAACUUGAUGAAUUGGCUUUAAAAAUAAAGAACUUGGGUUAUAUCCCAAAUACAGAUUUUGUUCUUCAUGAUGUGGAGGACGAACAGAAGGGUCACUAUCUGUUUCAACACAGUGAAAAAAUUGCAGUAGCAUUUGGUAUUGUAAGUAUCCCGAAACCAAAACCUAUUAGAGUAUUUAAAAAUCUUCGGGUUUGUGGAGACUGCCAUACAGCAAUGAAGUAUAUAUCAAUAGUCACUGGAAGAGAGAUAGUGGUCAGAGAUGCAUACCGGUUUCAUCAUAUCAAGAAUGGGAAAUGCUCUUGCAAUGAUUAUUGGUAA